CUGUCUUUUCCAGCUACAAUAGUAAUUAACUAUGUCUACACUGUAUUUCUGAUCAAUUUUGUUAUUUUAAUGGACUAAAAAUGUCUCUCUUCAGACAUUUGUAAAUGACCCCAAACUUUUGAACGGUUUUGUAGUGCGUUUGGGAACUAUUCAGACCCCUUUUAUCCAUAUUUUGUUACGUUAGUGUUAUUCUAAAAUGGAUGUAAUUUGUGUGUGUAUAAUAUAUAUAAUUUGCGAUAGUCAAAUAUUGUCGUUCUGAGUAUGUCACUUCUUCCAGCUCCCUCUGUUUCGGCGUGGACCAGUCCCAUGGAUCAUCUUAACGUCUUUCACUCAUCCCUUCCUACCCUGGUCUGGGGCUGGUUGGGGCACAAUUACACUGUUUUGAGGGAGGGGGAUGGGAGUAAAUGAACCUAGUUUCAGGCACAUUUCUUAACUGUUACUUAAAAUAUUUCAAAUGUACAUUUUGUAUUUUCAGACCAUUGCCCUGUUGAACAUUUACCGUAACCCUCAAAACACUGCCCAGUCUGCCGAUGGUUUGCGCUGUGCCGUCAGUGAUGUGGAGAUGCAGGAGCACUAUGAUGAGUUCUUUGAGGAGGUCUUCACAGAGAUGGAGGAGAAGUACGGAGAGGUGGAGGAGAUGAAUGUGUGCGACAACCUGGGAGACCAUCUGGUUGGAAACGUAUACCUGAAGUUCCGUCGUGAGGAAGACGCGGAGAAGGCCGUGAUGGAUCUGAAUAACCGUUGGUUCAACGGUCAACCAAUCCACGCCGAGCUCUCUCCCGUUACAGACUUCAGAGAAGCCUGCUGCCGCCAGUACGAGAUGGGGGAGUGCACUCGAGGAGGCUUCUGUAACUUCAUGCAUCUGAAACCCAUCUCCAGGGAGCUGAGGAGGGAGCUGUACGGUCGCCGCAGGAAGAAGGGAGGGGGCCAUCGUUCUCGCUCCAGUUCCAGGGAACGCCGUUCUCGCUCGAGGGAUAGAGGCAGGGGAGGCAGACGUGACCGCAAGAGAAGGCGUUCCAGAGAACGCUCUGGCAGGUUCUAAACCAAGCCACCACCUCACGUCCAUCCCUCCCCUUCCAUCUCCAUUAUCAUUCUCCAUCAUCCUCAAAUCCAUAUCUUUCCCUCCAUUGCUGCCUUUUCAAUUCCCUGUUGGCCCUUUCUUAUUGUCCCAAAUGACUAAAAUUAAUUGGAAAAUGUUGGAAUUGUUAUUUUCCUUUUUUAUAAUUUUUAUUCAAGAAAUGUAAAGCUUGCCUUCUCAAUAAAUAAAAAAGUAAACAUGA